AUGCUUUCCAAAUCCCUCGCGUUGGUAGCCAGCACCGCCGGCUACCUAGUAUCGACGACUUCCGCCCAAACAACGACCACGCCCUUUUACACGGCCGUCUACACGACCUCGCUCGAGGCCACGCCCACUAUCGAUGUCCUCUGCGUCAGCCGCGAGACGUGGCUCGACACCGUACCCGUGAGCCUGGUGAUGCCCCGCGAGGUGUCGGGAUGGCCCGAGAACGGAGUCACCGUCGUCGGGGCCGCCGUCUCCAAGAUCCCCGUGCAAUGCGGAACCAAGACGAUGACAUGGACGACAUCCCUGCCCAUGAGCUGGACGCUGUCGGCCGCCGAACCCACGGGGGCGGAGCAGCCGACCGACGCGACCGAGACAGAGCCAAGCGAGGCGGAGAGCAGCGAAACCCAGUCCUCGUCGUCGUCGUCGGCGGCCGAGGCGAGCGAGGCCCAAGUCACCGCCCAGGCCAACCCCGCCACGCUCACGUCGACGUACGUCGCCACGGGGUCCGAGGUUAGCACGCUGGUCAACGAAGUCGUGGGCACGUCGCGGCUGGAGUGGUACAGCACCUCCCGGGUCACGUUCGUGGAGGUGGUCGGGCCCGACUACCCGGCCACGAUUGUGCGGACGGGCUACACGACGAUUGAGUUUUCGCACAGCGCGCAGGAUUUGCAGGUGGAGGAGUCCUCUUUUGAGGCUUCGAGCACGGGUUCGUUCUUGAGGACGACUACGAUGGUGCAAGUGUCUGCGGAGCCUACGGAAGAGGCAGAGGAGUAA